AUGCUGCUUUAUACAUCAUUCCCUGCUGAGGUGUUCAACAUAUUAGCUAAGCUUAUGGAAAGAAUGGGUCCUUUUACAUACUAUGCGGGAUGGAGUGUUAAAGGCUUUAGCGUCGCUGACCAGCUCCUUGUGACUCUGAUGAAAUUAAGACUAAACUGUAGAGAUCUUGAUCUUGCAGAUCGUUUUGGCACGAGCAGAGCAACAAUUUCUAACAUCAUUAAUACGUAUGUAUGUGCUCUUCAUGAAACAUUGUUUGAAGGAGUAAUGAAAGCAGUUGGCAUUCCCAGUCAGGUAAAAUGUCAAGGAUCGAUGCCCAGAUCGUUUGAAGAUUUUUCAGGUGCACGCAUAGCAAUGGAUGCAACAGAGGUCACCCAAGAUGUUCCAUCAGACCUUAACAGUCAGUCACUGUCUUUUAGUAAUUACAAGAGUCGCCACACAGUGAAGGCAGUUACUUGUGUAGCCCCAAAUGGUGCUUUAGUUUACUGCUCUGACCUCUACCCGGGAUCAACUUCAGAUGCAGCUAUAGUUGACCAUUGUAAUGUUCUGAAUAUGCUUCAGCCUGGUGACAUGAUUCUAGCAGACAAGGGGUUUAAUGUAUUCGACAAACUUCCAGCAGGUGUAACUCUUAACAUACCACCAUUUUUAUCAAAUAAAUGUCAUUUCACUAAAGAGGAGGCAGAGCUAUGCUACAAGAUUGGAAGGAGUAGAAUACAUGUUGAACGUGCGAAUGAAAGGAUCAAGAAUUACGAUAUAAUUGAUCAUAUUCCCUCCCAAUACCGACACUUGUCAACUAAAAUAUUUCAGGUUUGUGUUGUUCUUGUUAACUUGCAGGCCCCCCUUUUAAAGGAAAUAGCUGACAAGUAUGAAAUUGAAUAAGCAUCCAUUGAAUUAUAGCUUUGAUGAUUAAUUCCAAGUUUAACGUCACCUACAAACUUCAAAACCUACAAGGACAAGUGGAAAACAUUCAACAAAAUUUCAAACAAACGGGUCUUCACUCAUCUAUAUGAAUUAAAAUACUGUAAAUAUUUGUUAUCAUGUACAGACUUUUUGUUAAAUAAUCAAAUGAUUAGACUCAGCUCAAAUAUACCUCAAAGAGGGUCUAAAUAUUGUCAAAUUCUAUAGAAUGUAGUUUUUAGGUGCUAAGGCUAUGAAAUUCACUAAUUUGGUAGAAGAGUCAAUGUUUAUUACAAUCAUGCCAACAGUUUGACUGCUCUUGAUGUCCAGGAGUAAAGAAGAAAAUGUUUAAAGUUUGCAUUAAAUUAAUUUUAGUGGUUUUGGCCCCAUCCCUCAGACCCCAAAGGGGGGGUGCAAGGACCAUGAAAUUCACAAUUUUUGUUCCCCUUCAACCAUAGAUGCUUUAUGCUAAAAUUGGUUGAGCGUUUUAGAGAAGUUGAAAAUGUUCAAAUGUUAACGCAGGACGACAGAUAAAAACAGAUAACAAUAGGUCACCUGAGUGACUCAGGAGACAUAAAGAUGUGGACUUGUUUGUUUUUUCAAAGUGCCAAUUUCUCCGAAACCUAGGCGUGCGGGUGACGUUAAACAUAGAAUUAACUUUAGACAGACUUCAUGUUAAAUCUUAUGAGGGCUUGAUAUUCACCUAGUAUAUUAUGAGUUUCUAAAUGUUCUAUGGCUGUUAGAUUAGAUAUACGAUAUAAAUACA